AUGAAGCUUCUCCCGAGGCUCUUGUACUUUUCUUCAAUCAUCUCUACAUCGAGCGCUUUCAUCAAAUCUGCGGGAGUCGGUGACACUGAGCUUUUUGACACCCCAGCUAUAUGCAAGCAGCAUGUCGUUCGCGACGGCGAUACUUGCCUCGGCCUUGCGCGCGCGAACAACAUGUCUUUCUCACAGAUGAUUGCUUGGAACCCCAUUCUCAAACCAGCUUGCGUGAACUUCAACGACUUGUAUGGCCAGAAUAUCUGCUUGAGCAAUCCCACGGGAAGCUUCGCCCUGCCCAGAAAUACACAUGGUGCCAAGAGCACCAGCACCAUCACUACGCAAGCGCCCAAGCCUACCCCACUGCCGAACACAACCAAUACAUAUUGUGGACAAUAUUACAGAGCCGCCAAGGGAGACAGUUGCUCAACCAUCAAGACUAUGUUUGGUAUAUCGAUGGAUGACUUCCUCUUCCUCAAUCCAAGUGUUGGAGAGGACUGUUCUCGCCUCCGGCAAGACUAUCACUACUGUGUGAGGCCUGUUGGAUCCAUAUCGACAUACCGGGGCUACAGGGGAACGCCCACAGGCGACGACGGCGUUGCCUGGGUCGAAAUGCCAAUGAAGCCAGGGCCUACCCGAGACCUCAUGGGCCUAUACAGACCACAAAAGCCGGAGAUCCCAAUCGCCGAUCGCACGCGGCUCGAUUGCAGCGAGUAUUUCUGGACCGAUGAAGAUGACUACGCCUGCUAUGACUUGUUCGUUUUAUCAGAUGCUCCCUUAGAGGACUUUCUCCUAUGGAAUCCCUCUUUGGCACAUAACGAAACGCAAACGCAAAUGAACGCCACCGCAUGCACCCUCUCAGCCAGCAAAUCCUACUGCCUCGAGCUGAACACGCCGCCCCCGAGGCCCGUUGAGCAAAACCCCCCAGCAGUCUCGCACUGCAGCGACAUUCCUACAACAAUCACAUCCGCGCCAUCGCCACCAGCGUCACCAGCAACAAAAAGACCGCCAUCUACCACGAGCACAAUGCCGUCCCCUGUUCAGGCCGGCAUCAGCCCUGCCUGCACCAGUUUCCACAAGGUCUUGCUGAACGACACCUGCAUAGGCAUUGCUCAGCGGCAGAAGCUUGUUCUUCCGGACCUGUACGCCUGGAACCCGGCGCUGGAAGGGGACUGUUCGGGCCUGCAGGCAAACACGUACAUUUGCGUGGCCGGCCCUCACAAUGCCACGGGCCCGCAGGCCCCGAUGCCGACGCAGGCUGGCAUGGUGGCCCAAUGCAAGCGGUUCUACAAGGUGAGGCGUGAUGAGGGGUGUUGGGAUAUAGCUCACAGCGCAAAGAUUCAGCUGGUGGACUUUUAUAAGUGGAAUCCGGCGGCCAAGAAGGACUGCUCGGGCCUCCAAUCUGACGUCUAUGUCUGUAUCGGUAUCUGA